UCUGUAGGGAUCGGCUGAUGGGGGAAGGGCUUUCACACAUCGACUCAUGGCGGAGAGGAGAUAUCAGACUCGGUUCGAUCAUACCGCCGCGGCCGCUACUUAGAUCCGCUAAACCCACGUCUGAUUAUUCCGAGAAGACGACAUGAGCGCAGCUGAGAUUGCGGACAGACUGCAUGUUGUGUUUCUGCUUUUAUUGAGUCAGAGAAGUCCUGCUGCAUCCAUACACGGUGUCCCUGUUAGGCCAGGGAGGCUGUGAAUUUUCUAAAAGGAACUGAACAACAAACAGGGGAAAUGACUGCGACUGUGGGCUUCUCUAAUGGACCUGUUCCUUGGACGAUGAGCGACACUGAAGUGAACGGUAUCUACCGUGACCUAGAGCUGGGCACUGUAUUGACUCUCUUUUACUCGAAAAAGUCUCAAAGACCAGAGAGAAGGACGUUUCAAGUCAAGCUAGAGACCAGACAGAUUAUUUGGACCAGAGGAACGGAUAAAAUCGAAGGUGAAAUUGAUAUUCGGGAGAUUAAAGAGAUCCGGGCAGGACAGAAAUCACGUGACUUUGAGCGAUAUGUGGAGGACUCGACUGCCAGGCCGGACCAGGCCCACUGUUUUGUCAUUCUCUACGGAACAGAGUUUCGACUCAAAGCUCUCAGCCUGGCAGCUACCUCCGAUGAAGAGAUGGUCAUGUGGGUAAAGGGUUUGACCUGGCUGGUGUCCGAUACAUUACGCUCCCCCACGCCCCUGCAAAUAGAGAGGUGGCUAAGAAAACAGUUUUAUGCAGUGGAUCGCAACAGGGAAGACAGAAUUUCUUGUAAGGAUCUGAAAAGUAUGUUGUGUCAAGUCAACUACAGAGUUCCCAACAUGAGGUUCUUGCGGGAAAAACUUCCGGACGGAGAGCUGAGGAAUGGAGAUGUGUCGUAUAGUCAUUUCGCCCAGCUGUACCGCAGCCUGAUGUUUGAUGCUCAAAAAUCGAUGGAGAUUCCACUGCUACAAAGGUUUAUUGAGAGGCCUGAGCAGAAGAUCUCACUGGAGGACUUUCAGAACUUUUUAACUGAACAUCAGAAGGAGCUCUGGGCCACGGACAACAACAAGGUUCAGGAGUUCAUGUUUCACUACCUGAAAGAUCCUCUACGAGAGAUUGAGCAGCCAUACUUUCAUCAAGAUGAGUUCCUUACAUAUCUGUUCUCAAAGGAGAACACAAUCUGGGACUCACAGCUUGAUCAGGUGCGCCCAGAGGACAUGAACAACCCCCUGUCUCACUACUGGAUCUCCUCAUCGCACAACACCUAUCUGACAGGAGACCAAUUCUCCAGCGAGUCUUCUCUGGAGGCGUACGCCCGCUGUCUCCGAAUGGGCUGCAGAUGCAUCGAAUUGGAUUGCUGGGAUGGUCCUGAUGGGAUGCCAGUGAUUUAUCAUGGUCACACCCUCACCACCAAGAUCAAAUUCAGUGAUGUGCUUAACACCAUCAAAGAACAUGCCUUUGUCACUUCUGAGUAUCCCAUCAUCCUCUCCAUUGAAGACCAUUGCAGUAUAGUCCAGCAGAGAAACAUGGCCUCCUUCUUUAAGAAAGUUUUUGGAGAGAUGCUCUUGACCAAAGCUGUGGACAUCUCUGCAGACGGUCUCCCCUCACCCAAUCAGCUUAAGAGAAAGAUCCUUAUCAAACACAAGAAGUUAGCUGAAGGAAGUGCUUAUGAGGAGGUCUCAUCUUCGACGCCUUACUCUGAGAACGACAUCAGCAACUCCAUCAAGAACGGCAUCCUCUACCUGGAAGACCCCAUUAACCACGAGUGGUAUCCUCACUUCUUUGUUCUGACCAGCAAUAAGAUCUACUUCUCUGAGGAGACGUCCAGUAAUCAAGGAAACGAAGAUGAAGAGGAGCACAGAGAGAUCUGUAAUGGUAUGGACCAGCACGUGACCGAGAAAUGGUUUCAUGGUAAGCUGGGUGCAGGACGUGACGGGCGUCAGAUCGCAGAGCGUCUGCUGUCUGAGUACUGCUUGGAGACUGGAGCACCCGACGGUUCAUUUUUGGUGCGGGAAAGCGAGACUUUUGUAGGGGACUACACACUCUCUUUUUGGCGUUCUGGGCGAGUUCAACACUGUAGGAUUCACUCUCGGCAGGAAGCCGGAAGCCCAAAGUUCUACCUGACAGAUAACCUUGUGUUUGACACGUUGUUUGCCCUCAUCACACAUUACCAGCAGGUGCCUCUGCGUUGCAAUGAGUUUGAGAUGAAGCUAACGGAGCCAGUACCACAAACCAAUGCUCACGAGAGCAAAGAGUGGUACCACGCGUGUCUGUCCCGCAGUCAGGCUGAAAACAUGCUGAUGAGAGUUCCACGUGAUGGGGCUUUCCUUGUUAGGAAGAGAACAGAAUUCAACUCCUUUGCCAUUUCCUUCCGGGCGGAGGGCAAGAUCAAACACUGUCGCGUGCAGCAGGAAGGACAGACUGUUUUUCUGGGCACCUCUGAGUUCGACAGUUUAGUAGAUUUAAUCAGUUACUAUGAGAAACAUCCAUUGUACCGCAAGAUGAAGCUGCGCUACCCCAUCAAUGAGGAAACACUGGAGAAAAUCGGCACUGCUGAGCCAGACUAUGGAUCUCUGUAUGAGGGUCGUAACCCUGGAUUCUAUGUGGAAGCCAAUCAGAUGCCCACAUUCAAGCAGUGUACAGUACGGGCCAUGUAUGAGUACAAAGCCCAGCGAGACGAUGAGCUCUCCUUCAGUAAGAAUGCCGUCAUUCAGAACGUGGACAAACAGGAAGGAGGCUGGUGGAAAGGAGACUGUGGUGGUAAAAAACAACUUUGGUUUCCUGCAAACUAUGUGGAGGAGAUCAGCCCUACAGCUGUGGAGCCUGACAGAACUGCCUCAGAAAACAGUCCUUUGGGAGAUCUUCUGAGAGGAAGUGCGGACGUGUCUUCCUGUCAGAUCGCUAUAAGGACUGAAGGGAAGGGCAGCAGACCGUUUGUCUUUUCUCUGGUUCCUGUAGCUUCACCACGUACAGGCCCAGUGCUGGACAUUGCAGCCAGCUCAAUGGAGGAGCUAAAGGACUGGGUGGCUAAGAUCCGAGAGGUCACCAUGACCUCUGAAGCCAAGCUGGAGGAAGGUAAAAUGAUGGAAAGAAGAAAAAAGAUUGCUUUAGAGCUGUCAGACUUGGUCAUCUACUGCCGACCAGUUCCUUUUGAUGAAGACAAAAUUGGGACGGAGCGGGCCUGUUUCCGGGACAUGUCCUCGUUUCCAGAGACCAAAGCGGAGAAAUAUGUGAAUCGAAUCAAAGGAAAGAAGUUCCUGCAGUAUAACCGUCUACAGCUCUCGCGUAUCUACCCGCGCGGUCAGCGCCUGGACUCAUCUAACUAUGACCCGUUACCCAUGUGGUUGUGUGGCAGUCAGCUAGUUGCCCUUAACUUUCAGACUGCAGACAAGCCAAUGCAGAUGAACCAGGCUCUCUUUAUGCUGAACGGCCGGAGCGGUUAUGUGUUGCAACCGCCAAUCAUGAGGGAUGACAACUUUGACCCAUUUGAUAGACAUUCUCUAAGAGGAGUGGAGCCAAUCACUUUGGUCAUAGAGGUUUUGGGAGCUCGCCACUUGCCCAAACAUGGUAGAGGUAUUGUUUGCCCUCUCAUAGAGAUUGAGGUUUGUGGAGCAGAAUAUGACAACGCCAAGCAAAGGACAGACUCUGAAGCGGACAAUGGUCUGAACCCCACUUGGCCCAGGAAACCAUUCCGAUUCACCGUGUGCAAUCCUUCCUUCGCAUUCUUGCGUUUUGUGGUCUAUGAGAUUGACAUGUUCAGUGACCAGAACUUUCUCGCCCAGGCAUCGUUUCCCAUCAACUGCCUCAAAACAGGCUAUCGAUCAGUUCCUCUGAAGAACAGCUACAGUGAAGAUCUAGAGUUAGCGUCUUUGCUGGUGCACAUGGAAAUCAUCAGAGGAAGGGUGGGCUAUGAGAUCAUACAUGAGAAUGGCGAGAUGUUGAGUCCCUUCUCAGCGGCGGGCGCCAUGGCCUUACAGGUGGGCCGGGAGCGUAUGGGCGACACGAGCUCGAUUUCAUCCACGUCCUCCAUGUCACCUCUGCCCUCGUCUCCGGCUCAGGCACUGGGAUACCGUGGUCGGGAGGGCUCAUUUGAGGCCCGAUAUCAGUCUCCGUUGGAUGACUUUCGAGUCUCGCAGGAGGCGCUGUUGGACCAUGAAAGCAGGAGGAUUCGGAGGGCUCGCGUCAGCGCCGACAACCGUGCGUAAAACGAGCAGCUUGACAGAUGGACAGAACAGACGCGAGGUCAGCGUCAAGGCUCCUUCAGGGCUGAUGAUGUCAAGGACAGUUGUGAAACCCGUUUCUAUGGAAAUCAUCGUAGCCAGCAUUUUUGGACCGAUCUCCCUCUCUGUGACUCUACUGCUCGAGUUCACGCGAGUUGCAGAGGGACUUGCGGAGCAUGCAGAUGAUGGAGGAGCCUUUGCUUACAGACAGAAAUAAACAAAUAUCUGCUUAGCUACAAUCUGAACCUGGAGCGUGAGGGACAGGAGUGUUCUUAUGAUGCAGCGUAAAUCUCAAGGACAACCGCGUGCUGGUGGACGAUAAAAGAUCAGUGUUUCAAAAUUGAGUGGGGACUGUAUCAUUCUUCACUUUGAAACUGAUCCCAGGUUAACAUUUAUGGAGUUAUAAUUCUUUCUUCACUCCUUCUAUGGCUUAUAUACAAGUAUAUAAAUGUACGUGCUUCACGUUCUGCUGUCGAUCAGAAAACAUCUGCUCUCAAAGAGCCUCUCACUCCAGAUUUUGUUUCCAUUUUCAAAUAAUUAUUUGGAUUAUUUAAGCAUUUGUUUUCAAGUUUUCUUUUUUCUAACAUGAAGGCUUGGCCAUUUUAAUUGUUUUUCAAGUUUUUGCUCGUUUUUGCUCCUUUCCUCUGUCUGCAUCGGACUGAAUUUUGACCUAAUCCGGGAUGCACAUUUCAUAAUCCAGGAUGUUUCUAGACAGAGAGACAGCAGUGUAAGAGAUCAUAGCUUCUCAUGAAAAUGUUAACUCAAAAACAGACAUUUUUGUGUUAGAAUAAAAUGAAGUAAUCGAGCGACUAGAGAGCAAUAUCACUCUCCUUGUUUUGUGUUUUAAGUAGACCAGCUCAGGUUUGGUUCAUAAGCCAGUCUUAUGCCAUGGGAGUGUUGGGAACAGUGUAUUUCGUUUACGAAACAGAACUUGGACCAUCUCAUUUCACAGUGCUUAUUCUUUAUAAAAUAUCUGUGAUUAUUAAUAUACCUUCCUAUUUUAGCACCAUUUUUUUAAGAACUUUCCCUGAAAGAUCUUUUGGUCAAACAGGAGGAUUUUAUGUAUUAUUUAGUACCAUUAUGUGUUAGCUUCUGUGUCUGUUUGAAGAAAGCCAAAGGUAGACGGUUCAGUUGGUGUAUGAAAUCAGGACCAAACAAAAAGCUUUGUCUCAGCAUUGGUCAGUAAAAAACCUUAAGCAUUAAUUUUAAGAGAACGUUGUUCUUGACAAAAUUCACCUUUGCUUAUAAUUUAUUUUAGCUGUGGGCAAGUUUUUUAUUUUAUUUUAUUUUAUUUGCGGCCUUUUGUUAGGUGCCAAGCAGUCAUUGUAAUUUUGUAUUUUGCAAUCAUAUUGCCCAGGUUAUUUCAGUAAUACAGAUUUCAGGAUUUACCGUUUAUGUAAAAACUGUAGGGGUUUAAUAACUUUUUGCAAUUUUAAGCAUUUCCCGUUUAGACAGUAUAACUUGGGAUGUCACUGAACUACAUACAUAAAGCAAGCCAUGUGGUUAGAAGUAUAAAUUAUUCUGUCAGUACUACAUCAAACCUGAUGUGGUUUUACUUAAAUUUUUAUAACACUUUACCAUUUAUCUGGCUCUCUGCUUUAAUAUGUUUUUUUGUAAAGCAGCUUGACUAUGGUGAGGUCAGCACUGAAUUGUUUGUGACUAUUGGAGAAAGGUCCAGGGGCCAUAAUCGUUUCCUAAAUGUAUGAAAGGAAAAGUGAAAAAGAUGAGGCCAAACCUUUUAGAGGGAACUCCGUUCAUUUCCCCUGCAUUUAUUUCUUAAAUCUCUGUACUUCCAUAACUCUUUGCCUGUCUGUUAAUGAGUUUCUGCUUUUCGCUGCAUCAUCUUUCAUGUGCCUUGGUGUAUGUAUAUUUAAAUACAUCGAAGAUCCCCUGUUGGACAUGUAUGCCUUUUCUAGGCUUUAUUGCAUCAGUGUUUUGUUACGGAUGUUCUUAUUUACAAACCAAGCCUUUUCUGUAAUGUGCCUAUGCUGUAUUGAAGAAAAUAUACCUUUUAAUUUUGCUUUUCAUAUGAAACAUAAUCAAGCCUGAGAAUAAAGUACUUAACAAUAGAAGUGA